UUAUAAUGAAAGCAGAAGGAUAAUAAUGAGUUUCUAAGCCAAUGAACCAAUAACCAAUUGGUUACCCGGUGAAGUUGAUGGCCGAGGGUGUGUGUUUCUGUCCGUGAGAAAGUAGUUCAUCUAUGCCUGUCUGUGGAAUAUGUCAAGCUUGAAAAUUGUGUUUUUGAGACGUGACGCUCUGUUAUGAAAUUAUUGAGAUGGAUAUCAUGGGCUGUAAAAUUGAUGGUCACAUCAGUUGACCUGUUGGAAAUCUAGAAAUGCUGGACGCGCGUUCGCUAACAGCUCAAAGAGAACCAGCGUGGCAAAGCAAAAACAACAGUAUUCGGUCGAUUCCUCAGCAUACUGCAGUCAUGCGGCCCCACGGCAAGACUAGCCAAGACGAUGUGUGCUACGUUGUGGCGAAAUACGACUAUGCAGCUCAGGGUGCGCAGGAGCUGGACUUGCGCAAGAACGAGCGCUAUCUGCUGCUGGAUGACUCGAAGCAUUGGUGGCGUGUGCAGAACGCCCGCAACCAGGCAGGCUAUGUGCCGAGUAACUAUGUCAAAAAGGAAAAACCUUCACUAUUUGACAGGAUCGCUAACAAUUUCAACUCUGUCCUUUUCAAGGAUAACAAUGCUUGUUCUCUGAUGAGCACAAUCGUAAUGCGUCAUUCAUUGUUGAUAGAAAGAAGGUCAGUUGUUGAACGAAUAUUGUUUGUUGUUAGUUGGUGGAGAGGGCAGAGUGGAACACAGGCUGGCUGGUUCCCGAGCAACUACACACAGGAGGAGGGCGAACUGGACGACACACUGCACACAUACGCAAUGGCCGAGAACGUGUUGGACAUAGUGGUGGCGCUCUACUCGUUCACAUCGACCAACGACCAAGAGUUGUCCUUUGAGAAGGGAGACCGGCUCGAGAUCCUCGACCGACCGCCCGCCGACCCCGAGUGGUACAAAGCACGCAACUCUCACGGCCAGAUUGGUCUUGUGCCUAGAAAUUACCUACAGGAAUUGAGUGCAUAUCUGACACAGCCUCUCCGGGAACGAGUGGGUGGAGCCGAGCGAAACGACUCGUUAGAAAGGAAAGGCGCAACUCCGGAACGUCCGCACCUCAUGGGCAAGCCGUGGUACUACGGCGAAAUCACAAGGGCCCACUGUGACAACAUCCUCAACCAGCAAGGUCACGAUGGAGAUUUCUUGAUACGCGAUAGUGAAACCAAUAUGGGCGACUACUCUGUGUCGCUGAAGGCGCCAGGCCGCAACAAGCACUUCCGCGUGCACGUCGAGGGAGCUCUCUACUGCAUCGGCCAGCGCAAGUUCCACACACUCGAGCAGCUGGUGGACCAUUACCAGCGUGCGCCCAUCUACACCAACAAGCAGGGCGAGAAGCUCUAUCUGGUUCGCCCGUUACCACGACCCAACUGCUAGACCCAUUCAUUUCAAUACAGCAUUUCUACCAACUGAUUUUCUAUCAAUUAGCCAGUAUCUGUUAUUCGCUCAAAUUGUGUUAGUAGAAUAUCCACCUAGCUAUAUUUUUUAACAAAAUUAGUUUCACAUGGAAACCCUUCAUUGUAUGAGGCUGAAUUUUGCACAACGAUCAUUUUGUAUGGCUCUAUAAUUUGUCAACGUAAAACUGUUCUGCUCUUCAUUUGAUUUUCUGCUGCUGGUUUGCGCCAAGUGAUAGUGAAAUUCACUUGAAACUGUCAGCACUCCUCUCAUAUUACCUGUCAUUACUCCUCUCAUCCAAUCAAUGCUGACGUUGUAAAGUGAAUCCUACUAUAGUUUGCGACAACCCAGCUGGAAAGUAUGGUUUUCAUAAAAAAAUCGUACCUGAUUACUUUCUUUGUUGAACCACCAAUGGAAAUUGCAGCUAUUUUCAGCCUGCUUUUCUUUAUCAUCUGUUUAUAUUAAGGGAUUAAGUAUUUAAAUGGGCAUUUUUGCUCCAUUGGACUUCAAUCUUCAUUGUAUCGAGAAAUAUUGGUGCCACUAGUUUUCAAAACAAAUUAUAGUAGUUGAAUGAUUAUGUUGCAUUGAAUUAAUCGUUUAGAUUCAACUGAAUUCAUUGACUUAUUGCUUUUUUUCUAUUAUAAACUAAUCAACUCAGUAAAUUGACGUUUGUAUUGCAUUUUGGAGAUCCAAUCAAUCAUUGGAGGAAACUGAUACAUUUUCUUUUUUCCUAAAGCGAUCUUCCCUGUUCGUAUUUGUACUGAACAGUUUCAUCGUUUUGUCUGUUCACUAUUCCAUUUUCAUUUAUUCACUUUCACUUGAAUGAAAUUUACAUGGUACAGUACAGCUUAAUUAUUAUGCUCAUGGAUCCCCAACCCACAUCCUAGUUAUGAGUCAUUCUUGAAUCAUGCACUUUGGAGAAGUCUGUCUGAUUGAUAAUGUUGUUUUAAAUCAUGUUUAGAUUGUUGUAAUUUUUAAAUCAUGAAAAUUCACUUCUCAACAUAAAAUAAUAUAGUUUUUAUCUAUCAAUUUCAGAAAAUUAGAUCAGCUACCACUGUCAAAAACAAGCAGAUAAACUAAAUCCAAGUUAAUUGAAAACUGUGUAAUUAAUUUUUAAUCAGUUUGUGGUCUCAAGCAUAAUUUUUAUUUAAAAAAAUAUCAACAUAAGUUAUGCUUCGGAUGCAAUACUUUGAUAGCUUGAAGCAUUUCAGAGACAAGAGACAAGUUGCAUAUUUUUUAUCUAGUUUCAGUAGAGAAUGAAAAUACGGUAUUCAUUUUUCUGUUCAGUGGUCAAAGAAUCCUAAAAAUAUGUAUUAUAUAUGUUGAAAACUCCGUAGGUGUUUCUAGCUUUGUCACCGUUGUUGUUGUCGUCCUUAGUAAUUGACCAUUGAAUGGUUGAUGUGUUGGUUAUUAUAAAAAUAAAUCAAACAUAAAAGAACUUAAAUUUUAUACAAUACACACUAUAUUGAUGAAAAUGGCAGCUUUAACUCUUCGUUGUUCAUUUAAAUGCAUAAUGUUUUGUGGGAACAUCUAUAGAUGAAUUGAUUGUAUCAGAGUAGCAUUAUGACUAAAAAAAUUGACAAUAGUGAGCAGGUCUAUAUGGAAUAAAUUUGUUUAAUAGCAUAGUAGGAACAUUGUAGGAUCAUUGAUGAGAUUGUACCUUCUUAUUUCCGAAAAUAGAAAUUCUGUAUUUGCUAUUCAAUUAUUGUCAGUCAUUAAGUAUUAUCGAUUCUGAUAUUUUAGAAUUCUUAUAAGAAAGGUGAAUGGACAUUGGGAGCUUGAGAUUGGAACCAAUAAUUUUUCAUAGUAGAUUGUAAAUCAUUAAAAACUCUUGUAUAGAAUUGGAACCAUUCACAAAUAGGGCACAAAGAAAUAUGGACAAAAUAAUUCAAUGAUUCAUAAAAUGAUAUAAGCUGUAAUUUGCCCUGUUACGUGUAAUGAAAUUUAUUGAAGCUUGCGUGGCCUAAUAAUCAAGAUAGUUUUAUUUUAUGUAUUAGGAAUUUUUGUUUUGAAUUUAAGAAACAUUCAAUCAAAAUAUGUUUUCUCUUUUCAUAUAACUCUCCAAAAAUAGAUUGUUUUGACUGUCUUGUCUGAUAUUGUUCGACAGAAAAUCUUGUCAGUGCUGUUUUAAGAAAUUAUUUCAGUUGCUUACUAUAUAAUGCUUACUUAAUAUGCUUCUCAUCCAAUAAUUUCAAUUGGAUAUUAUUAUUAUUAUAACGUAAAUUUCAAUAUAAAAACUUGUAAGGUUUGGCUACAUAAUCUAGGAUUGAUGAAGAAGACUGAUGUAUCCUGUUGAAAAACAUGGAUAGUUUGUAGAAAAAGAUCUAGUUGAAAAUUUCAUACAAAGAAUCAAAAAGAUUUUCAAUAUAAAUUAAUCUGCUAAGUCCUAAGUACUGAAUACUUAUUGCAAUUAGCUUACUAACUAUUAUGAGUAUGUUUCACUUAUCAAUUGUAUGCUUUAUCAAGCUAUUUCAGAAAGAUUGUAAUAAAGCAUCCAGUUUGUAAAACAUUAAUGUAUCCUUGGCUCAUUUACUGAAACUUUAAUAUAAUAAUUUUUUUAUAACCAUCUCAUUAGUUAUAAUCAUCAGGAAACUUCCACCAGAUUUAUUUGAGGAAAUUGUUUCUUGAAUUAUGGCUCUUCUGAGACUUAUAAUUGGCUUGUAAAUUUGAUAAGCAUACAGUGUGACAUUUAGAAGAAUUAAGGAGUAUCACUAAAACAAGUACGUCUAUGAAAUUUGAAAUUAGAUAAGACCUCCAAAAAGUUCGAUGUUGAAUCGUUAUGAAAAUUUUUGAAUUGUUGAAGUGACGAGCAAUAUCUCUUCUCCUCAUUUAACUCUCUUUCUUCUCAUUAGCUUUUCAUCAUACGAGAAACUCAUUUUUACUAGGAUAAUAAUUGAAAACAUCCUUUAUAUAAAACCAUUUGAAUUUGAAACCUUUGAAAUAUUUUAUUAAUGCUCACGGGUUUUCAAGGAUCAUAAUACUGUAUUAUUGUCGCAAUAAAAUUUUAUUUCAAUAAUAUGACUAAAUUCUGUUUAAAACAGAAUGGUUCAAAAUAUCGUAGAUACUAUAUCUAUGCUGUAUUGUCAUAUCCAUAUCAUUAUUAUCUUACAUUGGAGUGAGAUUUACUUUGAAAUCUAUAGAAAGGAAACUAUCAAUAUUGUAUUUUUAUAUUAUUUCUAUGUUUUGUGUAAUUUAUAAAUAUUAACUAUUCUACAUUCUAAUUAUUGCAUUGUUUCAAUGUUGAAAUUUAUGACAACUAUUUAGUUUUUUACGAACAUUGAUAUUGCACUACAGUUUUGGUGCAAUUGUUUCUCAUUUUGUAUUUGCGUGUUUAGACCAUUUUCGAACAAUUUAUUGUUCUUUUUUAGCCUGUUUUGAUGGCAAUUUUUAUUGUAAUUCUGAUCUAAUUGUUUUGUGAAUCUAGUCCAAAAGAUCAGUGUGCCACUAUUGUAAUAAUGUAUAUUUUAUUUAUUGUUAGAGAUUGGGAAAUACAUAAUUAAAGCCUAACGAACUUUGUAUGUAUAAGUAAAUAAUAGAUUGAUAAAAUACUCCUUUUGUUUAAUAUUAUCAUAAGUUACAUGGUAUAUAAUACUCAUCGGUAUUGUGUAUAAGAUUUAGGAAAGAUGAUUUGUGAUAUAAUAAUAAAAAAUAAUAAUAGGUAUAAAUAAUUUAAACAAAGAACAGUUAUCCACUUAUAUUUCUUGACGUUUGGUCUAUAUGGAAUGUUUCGUUGAAGCUUGAUGAGUGCAGCAUUUUUAUAUUUCAUUAGAAUGAGAUGUCAAUACUUCUCUUCCUGUAUUUGCUAUAGCAAGAAAACUGGUAUUUCAUUGACAUCUCCUUCCUUAAAAAUAUAAGAAUAACCGAUGACCGAAAAUUUCUUGUUUCUAGUUAUUCAUUCAUACUUUUUCCAAAAUUGGACAUGAUGCUGAGGAUAGCAAUUUAAAUUAGGUAGUUAGACUUUUCUGUAGAAUAAUCUGUAGAACUGUCUCCGGGUGAAAUCGACUCUUGAUUAAACUCUUCAUAAAACAAUAUUAUUUAGCACUCUAUUUUCCAGAUAUAAGUUGAAAAUUCUUCAUUAGGACAAGUUUCGGGGAAUUGCCAUAUUUUGUUGUUCGAUUGUGGAAUAUAAAUGUGAUGUGUUCACUGUCUUCAACGGUGCAUUCUCUAUAUCAGAAGCAAAGAUCUGGGAUGAUUGGCUGGUUGGAGUUUUUCAAUUUUAUAAAAGAUUCUUGGGUGAGAAGGCUGAUUGCAAGUUUGUGUAAGGAGUAUUUGUAUCUCGUAUAUUUCAUAAAUAUAUAAUAAUAAUAAUAUAUUAUAUAUAAACUUUUGUUUAGCGCUUAUAAGCAAGUGUGUUGUGUUGUGUGCUCAUGUAUGUAGAACUUAAUAAGUGAUUUCUAGCCAAUUAAUUUUGUAAUAGUUUUUGUAAUCCAGCUCAAUAAUUUUCCCUUCUGCUUCCAAAAUUAUAAAUUGUCAUUCAGAAGAUGGCUCAGUACUUGUUGAAUGUUAAUUAACUCGACAUCGCCAUAACUGUCAUAAUGCUUCAUUGUCUUAAUUGGAUUUGAUAAUUGAGUAAUGUAAAAUAUUAUGUGACAAACAUCCAAUAACUUUCAUUCAAUUUUUCAGAGUGUCUGAUCAUUCUAAAACAUCUAAAAUGUUAGAUAGCGGAACAGUAAAUUUCAAAUAGCCGAGCCACCGUUGUAGAUUAUCAUUUAAUUGAAAACAUACAGUUAUACUUUACUUUUUAAAACUUUUGUGUUAAUUGGCGUCAACAUGUCAGGUUGAUAUGGAAGUUUAGCAUUUUGGACUAAAUUGCCGCUUCUAACGCAUUGCAGACACCCUGAUCUAAUAUAAUCAAUAAUCAUUAUUCUAUAAACAUUACAGAUGAAUCUGAAAUGAUAAUUUGUCACUAAAUAGAUUCCACUGUGUAUAUAAACUUUAUUUAUAAUUUCAUUUGUAGAAAUAAUUUUCUUCAUUUGUAAAAUUCUAGCCAAAAUAAAACUUUAAUAGAAAAAUG